CAUUCACUGUUGAGUACAUGAAAAAGGCAGUUUAAAUUGACUUUAUGACUCUAUCAUUUAAUUAAAUUAAUAAGUUAAUUUGAAAAUUAUAUUCAAACUUAUUUUUUAAAUAUAGCGGUCUUAUAACUUGACAGAGUUUUGGCCAGACUGGUAACAGAUUUUUUUCCUCGCAACUUCUUUUAUAACAAACAAAUCCUCUAUUCUGAGAGUUGAUAGUAUCAGAGUCCUUUAUACCUUUAAUUUCGUUCGUUCCUAUUACGUCAGAACGUAAUAGGCUCGAAUCACAGCAGAGAGUAGCGUGUAUACUGUAUAGACUAAUUAAAAAAAUAUUGCUAAAUGUGUGGUGUGUUCAGCUGUAACAUAACGUGUGUCCUAGCAGAGUGCGAGACGGAAGGCGAGCGCGCCAAGCAGCAGGAGCGGCGCCGCCGAGCCGCCGAGUUCCUCAGGAAGGUCGGCGUCGACCCCGCCGCCGCCGCGCUGCCCACCUCCUCACUGGCCAGCGCUAUGGUAGACACUUUGGAGUCAUUGAGAAAGAAAAAGGCAGAAGAAGAAGAGAAGAAACGCCGACGGGACAAGAGAAGGCACAGGGAUAAGAGAGAGUAUGACAGUGAAACCCACAGGAAGAGCAAGCGCAGAAAGUAUAAGUCCUCAGAUGAAAAUGAUGAAUCGGAUUAUGACAAUACAAAAAAGAAGAAACGCAAGAAGGAAAGGAAACACAGCUCCAAGAACAAGAGAAAACGCAGGAAAGAGACUGAGGAGGAGUUAGAAGAAGCCCCAGUACCUGUCAACAUUGACCUCACCAACACCUUGAAGGAGUUAAGGACUUCCUCACCAACUAAAGAACUAGGUCUUGACAUCGAGAGCACCUUGAUCAACUUCCUCCGACAACAGUCCUCAGACGAAGAGGUAACAAGAGAUAAGAGAAGAAAGAAGGAAGAGAGGGAGUACAGCGAAGGGGAGUGGUCGAGUGACAGCGAGGGAGAUUCCAAAUCAUCUGCUAGUGGACGUUGAGCGAUAUUGAACUUUAUUUUGAAGGUCUUAAGGUACUUUAUUGAAUUACAGGUUUUAAUUAUAAUUUUUAAUGUGAGAUAAGUUUGAGUGUAAGCAGAAGGUAUAUAUCAAAGAUAAUACUCGUCAAGUUCUUUUUUAUGGUAGUUUCUAUGAUAUUAUUGAAAGGACAAUGAGAAUCGGAAAGGAUUUUGGACCUAGUACUGCCUAGAGUGAAGACAGUGUAUUUCGGUCAAUCGAUUUACAACCGAAAACGCGUUUUCCUCUUGCCUUUCAAUCCAGGGUUAGACUUCGGGUGCAAAAACUUCAUCCUGGGCAGAAUUUGGCACAUACGCUGUCAAUUUCCUUUGAUUGAUUAAGUAUGAAAUUUAACGUGUUUCAUAAAAACCUAGCGAGGUGGACUUUUAAUUAUUUAAUAACGGUUUACUCGCGUGUAUUCAUCAGGAUAGCCCCGACUAGUUUCGGACCCAAACGUAGCCCAGCCUUACCCAAGUUUUCUCACGUGAGUAAAUUGUUACAUAAUAAAUAAAUUGUAGAUCAGAUGAGAAUUUACUUAUAUCACAAGGAAACUUAAUUCCUAGGAGUUUAAGUGUUUCUAGUCAUGUUUAAACAAACUUAUCCAAUAUUUCCAUCCUUCAAUAUUUAUUGAUAUUGACUACAUUAUUA